AGGAAAGUUUGUUAUUUCUACAUUGAAGUGUGUUUCCAGUGUCUUUGGGAGUACCACUGCACAUGUGAAAAAAGGAAGUGUAAAUCUUUUUGUGGCUCCAGUCCAGAGGAAGUUGCGUCCAGUGAUGUCACUCAGUGACCAGUUUGAAUUGUGGGCAAUGUAGGAGUGAAGAUGAAUAAAAAGGCGAUAUCUCUGGUUCCACUGUAUCAGUUUGGAUAAUUUGAUUAGAAACUGUUUGCCAUGAGUCCAACAGUGUCAUAUAGACAGUGAGAAGGUUCCCGUUUCCUGUCCAUGCACCCAUCCGGAUGGUUCUGGGAGGAGAGCCAGACACCGUCACAGCUGUGGGACAGACACACCUGUUUUCUGUGGACUUUCAAAAUCCUCUGCAGACCCUUGUGGAAAAAACAGUGCUGUGGCAAAAAUGCAUCAACAAUCCAAAAGAUUGCAACUAUAAAAUCAGCGUGGUCCACGAGACCAAGAAGACGAACGAGGUGUUUGUUUGUGGAACAGAUGGCGCAGGAACUGUGUGCUGCUACAUGAAUUUAUCAGAGCAGUCACCUAUGUGCAACCACUCUGAAAACUUGAACUACAUGAAAGAAAGCAUAUUUUCUUCUGCCAUAAAGGAAGGUGAACAGUCUGCCUUUGUAGAGAGACAGGGAGGUGCAGACCUCUACAUCACUUACUCUGGAUCUCAAGAGUGUGUCGGCAUCCACAAGUUUGGGGAACACAGAGUUAGACCAGCAUCUCAUGACAACGAGCAGCACUAUGUCGGCUUGGUGCUCAGCAGACAGAAAGACGACCCCCUGCAGGACAAGGUUUACGGCUUUUACAAGGAGAAAAAUCGAGACACAGGCUUGGAUAGUGAAAUGUGGAUUCCUUUUGUGACCCGGGUUUGCAUGGCAGAUAAAGGUGGUCACAAGAAUACGCUGCAGUUUACCUGGACAUCCCAGCUGAACGCCAGGCUCUUCUGUGGAGACCCUGAAAGCAGAAAGCACUUCUCUGAGCUGGUAGAUGUGGCCGCUGUGCACGCCGAGCGCUGGCAGGAUACCAGGGUUUAUGCACUCUUCAGAAAUGAAUGGUCAAUGAGUGCUGUGUGUGUCUACUCAAUGGAAGACAUUGACCUCAUCUUCCAGACAUCCCGAUUUAAAGGCGAUGAAAGGAACAGGUCUAGAAAGUGUGUUGAAGACAGCACGAAGCUUCCUUUAGAAACCCUGAACAUGAUCAAGCUGACCUCAGAGAUGCAGGACUGGGUCCGGCCUGUGAAGAACUCUGGUCCACUUGUAUUUGGGCACCACCACUACACCCACAUCUACGUCGACAGUUCCCCGAACAAGGGGAGCAAUGACUACCCGGUCCUGUUUCUGUCUCUAAAUAAUGGGGGGAUUCAUAAGGUGAUCAGGAAUAUGAAUAAAUCCUUUGUCAUCGCUCAGUAUCAGCCUUUCAACCACACAGCCCAAGUCCUCAGCAUCCUCCUACACCCUUCUGCUAAGAAGCUGUAUGUGAACUCUGAAAGUGAGCUCGUCCAACUGAAUGUGGCAAACUGUUCUGAGUAUGGGGACAACUGUGGGGACUGUGUCUUAGCCAGAGAUCCCUACUGCGGCUGGAAGGACAGCCACUGCACGUCAGAGACAGAUGGCUCACUGCAGGAUCUGGCUGGAGGGAACUAUUCCAUCUGCCUGUCUGCGUCAAAGGACCAGCCUCGUCCUGGAAGAGCGGAUAAAUAUUCCACUGACAGUCAUGCAGACAGGGAUUCGGGCGCCAUCACAGUUCCCGCUCACUCCAGGUAUUUCCUGAAGUGCCCGGUGUCGUCUUAUCAUGCCCAGUAUACCUGGCACCACCCUGAGGGCUCCACACCUUGCAGCUUGCGGGAGAAGCACUGCCUCCAUCUCAUCGACAGCAUGGGUCCUGAGCACGUGGGGACGUACAAAUGUGUGUCGGAUGAAAUGGGCUACAGGAAAGAACUUGCAGUCUACCGCCUACAACAGGGGAACAGGGCAGUGGGCCGCUCACCAAGCCCACUGGUGUGGGUUUGUGUAAUGGCUGUUCUGAUAAAGAGAUUGUUCUGUUAGUCCCGACUUAACAACAUGCUAUGAAUACAGUGGAGAUAAGAGAUAAUACUGAUCACCCAACUUUGAGGCUAGCUGUUCUGCCAUGAGCCGGUGGGGCCAGUCUGUACGUCUCUGAGGUCAUUCAGCAGGAUUUCAGAUAGUAUGACUAAGAGCUAACAAUCAAUUUAUCAAUCAGGCUUUACAAUCCAUCAUUUUCAAAUGAGCCUAAAAUCUACUUUGAUAUGAAAAUAAUCUCAUUAACCCUCACCUUCAACCAAAUUUCCUUUAAAAAGUUAUGUAGAGGGCUGCACAGUGGCCCAGUGGUUAGCACUGCUGCCUCACAGCUAGAAGAUCGCCGGUUCGCGUCCCGGUUGGGACGCCUGGGAGCCAGCCAGCAGGGUCCAGCCCCCCCGCGACCCUGCAGAGGAUUAAGCGGCGUACACAUAAUGUGUACAGAUGAUGGAUGGAUGGAUGGAAAGUUAUGUAGAAAUUGUGUGUGACAGCUCAAAUGUUCCUCCUUCAGCAGUAUCUGAAUCCUGUGACACUUAACUGCACUUUGCCGCGAACAAACAGAAUGUACAUUUAACCAAUGAUGAUGCAAUAUUUUGCGUGCAUCACUUGAGUUACACUUUGAUAAUGCAUUUGUUUUAUUAAUAUUUCUGUUCAUGCAUCUCAUGUAUUAUUACAGUCAAUGCACUUACUGAGCCAAAGAUCAUAUAUAAAAAAAAUGCAUGUAUACUUGCUAUAAACAUUUACUCUGAUGAAGAGUAAAAAAAUAACAAUUGUGUCCGAAACUUGAAACUUUUAACAUUUAGUUACUGAGUUGUAGAAAUUUAGUAAGACAUUAUGUUUGUUCUGCUUCCAUUUGCGUGAAACUCAUGUGGUGUUGCAACAGUCUUCAGUUAACUUCAGUCUUCAGUUGGCAAAAGAUUGCGAGAUUAUGUUUGAUUGCACUUCUUGUUAGAUAUUACCUGUCAGUGUUCAUCCGUUUCCUGUAUUGUGUUAUUCAAUCAGAUGGAUAUGACAUAGCUGUCUGAGCUUAACUUAUCUGAAUUCCUUUCUUGCGUACUACCUCACACUUGCCUGGCAGCUUCGGUUUACAACACACUGACCUGCUUCAUGUUUGUCACAACUUCUUUGUUUGUCAAGUUGCAACAUAUUCAUGUUGUGAAAUAUUGCUGUGAUGUUGGAAAAUACAAAGCUGGUCUGUCCUUGUGUGUGUGUGUGUUUUGAGACAAUGAAGUGUGAAUGUGAGAUCACAGGUUUGACCCUUAAGGUGCUUCCAGAAAGCAAGCGUUUUAAUAACCUUAAACCCAGGGAGUUUUAACAUAGAUAUUGUACAGCAUGUGCUUGAUAUAUACAAUAGCUAAUAACUUUUAUGAGUCCGUUCACCAACAUCCCAGCUGUCUCUGUCUUUCAUUCCUUGUUUUUUUUUCUCCUUCAUUUUUUAAUUAAAUUAUAAAAGGUUGGUUUCAUGCGUUUGAACUUGACUAUUGGUACGAGCAAAUACAAAGAAAGAUUUGGCAGAUUUGAAAAUUCUCAAAAACAAAAAACAAAACGAUUUCUGCUACUGUGUGUAGGACUACAUUUAUUUAGGGGCAGUCAAUAAAAAAGUUUGCAGAAAGUGAUCAGUAAUUGAUUUUGAUGAAUGUCAAGAUGUCAUGUAAAGUAAGGUUGUUGAAUUAUCUGUAUACUAGUUAUAAUAUUGAGCUUUGCAAUGCAGAUUUUAUUUUUGUAAUGACAGAAAAUAUAUUUUUUAAAAUUGUAUUUGUUUCUGUGCCUUUCCUUUUUCAAAUAAAGAUUUUAGUUCCUCUGACA